GAUGUUCGCAAGCGCGUCGAACGCGACACAAUCUCGCGAAACGUUUCCACUCCACUGUACCUCCGCCGGCCACUAGGGCCCCUCAAGCUCCGUCCACCGUACCAGCUAUCUCUCCGGAUGUGGCCCCAGUCACAGAGUCCGUGCAAGAGCUCAUCCGCACGUCCACAAAACUCUGCGCCGAAGUGAUGGGCUGGACCAGAGCUCUUCGCGACGAGGUUCGUCCUUCGACUGCCCUCAACGGCAACGCGAGCUUGCCAUCGGCUGCGCAGGACUUUCGUCGCAGCAUGGAUGUGCUCAUUGCAGCAGCUGGAGACAUUGCAGCAUCUGUUCAGCUCCGUAACGUGACUGGUGGCGAUGGAUCACGUCCACCAUCUGCGUCAGCGUCGAUUUCAGCUCCUGCGCCACCACAGUCAGCGGCUCCAUCCGCUACCCAUACGGCGACGGUACCAGAACAAGUGAAGGCGGUCCCAAGUACGACCCAAGCACUGCGUCCAGAGACCAAGCCUGCCCAACAAGAGACGGACACCUCUGCCAUCACUCCUGCCCCUCACAGACAAGGCGCCACCGUCAAGGGCACCGGUGCCACGUACGAAGAGAUCAUGGCGGCCUGCCGCGCUCAAGGAGAAGCUCAAGGACGUGCCUUUGGAGAGAUCAGCGCUCGUCGUGCGGCCAAGCUUGGACUUGGCCGUGACGAACAUGAGCACAACUCUACCCCUAGCAAUGUGUCUGACGAUGGCUUCUCACUGGUGGAGCACGAGCACACGGGCAGGGAGGAGCAAGUCGUUUCUGAACAAGCACGAAAGCAGCAUACAGCCACAAGCAUUGCCUUGGGUAGUGCUGCUCCAAACGUACCGAAUGAGCCUCAGAGCAAUUCGUUGCACAACAAGGGCACGCAAUUGAACAAUUCGGAACCUCUCACCAUCACUGACGAGAUUGCGGCACACAACGCAUACAUGCAAGAUGCUUGGCAGAAGCGCUUGUCCGAAAUGGGUCAUGUUGGACAGUCUCGUGCUGAGCGCGAUGCCGCACUAAGGGGUAGUCAGGAGUUUGGUUCGCAAAAGAAGCAACUGGCAUCGAAGAUUGCCAAGGGUAAGGAGCGCGCUGUUUCUCCCUCCCUCGCGCACCGCAAGCCAUCGCCCAAGAUCGAGCAGGCCGACGAUCCUGUUCCAGCUGAGCAAACUACGGAUCCUGCGCAGCAGGCCGAAGUUGAAGCCACCAAUGCGACUCUUGCAAACAACUUCGACAAAUUUUUGGAGGAGAUGCGUCAAGCGCGCAACGAGAGCCCCUACGUCGCGCGCCAGCCGAAGCCAUCGAAGAUGCAAGCCACUGCAGCUCCCCAGGCCAACUCGCCUUCUCAUCAGCAGGCAGCAGAGCCUAAGGGCAAAGAUGAUGGAGUUUCUACCCUGCCUGCUAAGCGUCCCAAGGUGGAGGGCGGCAGUGACAACCUCAAUUCUGAGCCUGCGACUGCACCAAGCGAGAUGAACAAACACCUCGAGGAUGCUUUUAAAGCUAUGCUUCAGAAAGCUCAAUCCACCAAAGCUCCGCAGUAGGCUCUUCGUCCAUGCCGAAUCGACGAACGAGGAUUCUCCUCAGACCGUCAACGACUCUGCCUCGUAGCUUUUGAAACGAACAACGACUGCAAACCACCCGUUCUGCGCGUCCUAUUGGAUGUGUACAGCUCAAGGCUCGAUCCAACCGAACUCCGCUUUGACCCAUGAUCCGACCGCAAAGACUCGACACACCCCACUCAAUUUUGUGACAGGAAUCCCCCCACACGUUUCCGAUCGCUUCCGCUCACAAAUACGAUCACAGUAUCCGCUCUACGAACAAGCUUUGUACUCUGUCAG